AUGAAAAAUAAACUCUGCUUCAGAUGCUUGAAUUUUAACCAUUCGUCAAAAGAAUGCAGGAACAUAAGAAUUUGUGGGAUUGAUGGCUGUACAGAUACCCAUAAUCGUUUGCUUCACAAGAAAAGUCAUAAAAAAGAAACAAUUUCUGAAGACUACAAAGAAAAAGACACAAUAUUUGAAAAUUCUCAUACGUCGAACAUCCAAUUUCAUUCAAAUUACGUCAUGAACUACAUAUCUCUUAGAACAGUGCCAGUUAUUCUUCGUAAUGGAUAUAAAAAAGUUGUGGUAAACGCAUUGCUUGACGAUGGAAGUACCAAGACAUAUUUGAACUCUGAUGUAGCGGCUGAGUGGUCACUGAAAGGUAAAACCGAAAAAGUAACUUUAAACAUGAUAAAUGGAAAAAUUGAUUCUUUCGAAACGAUGCCGGUAGAAUUUCAGUUGGAAUCGUUGGAUGGAGAAACAAAAAUUACAGUAGAAGCUUUUACAGUUAAUAAUGUAACUGGAAACUUAAAAGCAGUUAAUUGGGCAAAUAUGUCAAAAAGUUGGAAACAUCUAAGAAAAAUCGAAUUCCCAAAUAUUGGACCAAAACCAAAAAUUGACAUUCUAAUCGGUGUGGAUUACGCUGAGCUGCACUGUGCAAUUAAGGAAGUAAAACGAGGAUUUAAUGAACCAGUGGCUGGACUCACGCCGCUCGGAUGGACAUGUGUUGGUAGUACUGGUGGAUCUCUUCAAACCCAUUUUACAAAAAUAGCAUCUAGUACAAAGGAAAUAGAAGAUGCAAACAACACCAUUAAAAAAUUAUGGGAAAUUGAAGGCGACGAAGAGAUGCAAUUUAGAAAAAAAAUGACAAGCCCAGAAGACUCUACCGCCCUUAAUAUAGUAACUAAUUCGCUAAAAACUGAGAACGGAAGAUAUGAGCUAAAAUUACCAUGGAAAGGUAAUAGACAUUUGGACAAUAAUUAUACAAUGGCGUUAAACAGAUUACAAAAUACGGAAAAACGGCUAAUGAAAAACAAAAGUCUAGGAGAAGAGUACAAUAAUAUUAUUAGGCAGUAUCAAGAAAAGGGAUACUUGGACAAAAUCAAUAAAAAGGAGCUUGGAGAUGGUCGGUACUUACCACAUUUUCCAAUUCUUCGUCCUGAUAAAUCAACUACAAAAGUCAGAAUUGUGUUUGAUGGAUCUGCAAAAUUUAAUGGUAAAUCAAUUAAUGAUGUUAUUUAUCAAGGUCCAAAACUUCAACAAGACCUUAUGACCAAAGGUACCAACGAAUUUUAUGGAGAAACCUAG